GACGCGUCCCCGCCGUCGGUUCCACCGCAUUGUGACCGUCGGCUCCAGCACCGACAGCCCCGGCGGUGGCAGCGGGAUGGCAGCCGCGACCGCCGGCACAGGAUCCCGCUCCUUCCGUGCCCGGGGCUCCUCCCGGAGCUCCCUCCUCGCCCGUCGCCUCCAGAUUUCACCGCCGGGAUUACCGACCGUCACGGGUUCCAGCGACCCUGUCGUGAUGUCUCAGGAUGUGUCAAAACAUCCUCAAGAGCUGCUCUCCUUCAAGCCCAAGCCCAAGACCAUCCAAGUCAUCACCAAGGACCUGAUCAGGGAGCUCAUCAUUCCCCAGGAGAAGCCCAAACCAUGUCUCAUCAUUGGAGAAAAGGAAUAUGAGAGGAUCAAGGAAUCAGCUCGAGCCCCGACUGAGGUGGAGGGCUGGGACAGGCUGAAGACCCUGAGAGCCAGACAGGACGCAGCCUUCGAAGCCCUGAAAAAGGCCCAGAUUGAGGAGCAGAGAAAGGCAGAACUGGAGGACAAGAGGGACCAUCGGAGAGACGUGGAGGAGGAGCUGCAGCAGGAGGAGCAGAAGCUGCUGCAGCGGGUGACAAGGAUGAGGCUGGAGCAGGAGGAAGAUGUGCGGGAACUGAACACGCUGUUCCUCAAUGCCAAGUGCAACAUGAUCCAGGACAAGCAAGUCCUGGAGAAGAGGAUGAUCCACAAGGAACUGGCGGAGGAGGAGAAGCGCCUGGAUAAGAUGAUGGAAAUGGAGCGGGAGAAGGGCAUGGAGGUCCAGGAGGAGCUGGAGCGCCAGAGGAAGCAGGAGCUGAUAAGAGCCCGGCAGGACAUUGUGAAACAGAUGGAGCAGAAUGCAGAGGAGCGGGCACUGAGGGCUGAGGAGCUGUACCAGGAGGGCCAGAGGCAGCUGGAGCGACUGGAGCAGAUGAAGAGGGAGGAUCAGAAGGCCUGGGAGCAGAAACAGGAGCAACUAAAGCAAAUCCAUGCCGAUAUUAAACGUUUCAACAUGGAGAGCCAGAGGCUGAAGGAUCAACAGCGGGAGUGGGAGAGGCUGGAGGACGAGCGGGUGCUGGAGCAGCAGCGGCAGAAGGCUGAGCGUGAGUCCGCCUUGGAGGCAGAGCAGCAACAACUGCGCCUGGAGAAGGAGAAGGAGCUGGCCCGGCUCAGGGCCAUGCAGGAACGGGCCCAGGACUGGCAGGCAGAGCGGGAUGCUCUGAGGGCCAAGAGGAACCAAGAGGUCGCAGACCGGGAAUGGCGGCGGCGGGAGCUGGAGAAGGCACGGAAGAAGGCUGAGCUGGAGCAGCAGCUGAAGCAGGACCGGCUGGAGCAGGUGGCCCAGAAGGAGCAGUACCUGGCCAUGCAGGUGGAGCAGGACCACCAGGAAUUCCAGAGGGUGCUCAGGGCCCAUCAGGAGCAGCUGGAGCGGGAGAAGCUGGAGUGGGAGCAGAGAGAGCACCAGCAGCACGCCUAUGCCGAAGAUCUCCGGCGGCAGAUGCAGGAGCUGCAGCAGCAGCGGCAGCAGGAGCGGGCGGCCGUCAUUGCCGAGGGCUGGCAGCAGCAGCAGGAGGUCCGGCAGCGCAGCCAGCGCCUCGCCCAGUUCAGGCAGCAGAAGCUGCAGGAAUUCAGAGCCACCGGAAUUCCCGACAAAUAUUUUGCCCAGGUGGAGCGCAGGGCUCGGAGCCGAGCCAGCAGAGCUCCUUCCUAGGCCCAGCCCCGUGAGGAACCAGCUGGGGUGCCCCACGGAUUCAUUCGAGGCUCCAUUUCCAUUCUCCUGGGUGACAAGGUGGGGUGUACCCAAACUGUGUGUUCUCCUCCCAUCUCCACCAUCCUGUCAAUGGCUGGGUCACUCCCUGUGGCUGCCCAGUGCACAGCUGAGCCCUCAGGCUGCAAGCUGGGUAUUGUAAAAUGCAGGGGAACCCGGUGGGAAGAAAUGCUGAUGUCCAACUCCAGUUCAGAAGGCUGAAUGAUUUCUUUAUUAUAACUAUUUCUUUAUUAUAACUAUGCUAUAAUACAUUAAUAUGCUAUAUAAAUGAAAAUACUAAAACUACAAACCUACUUGUUCUAACUACCAAAUCUGACUAACUCACAACUUGUGACCCUCUCUGAGAGUCCAGCCACAGGUGGGUUGGAUUGGAUUGGAUUGGAUUGGAUUGGAUUGGAUUGGAUUGGAUUGGAUUGGAUUGGAUUGGAUUGGAUUUGCCCUCAGGCUCAAACAAUCCUCACCAGAAUCCAAUCAAGCAAUCACCCCCCCCAGGUAAACAAUUCUCCAAACACAUUCCACAUGGGAGAAACAAGGAGCAGAAAUAGAAAUUGUUUUCUCUUUCUUUCUCUCUGUGCUCCUCUAUGAAAAAUCCUGAGAGAGAGAGAGAAAUGUGCUUGCCACAGCUGGCUGUUCCACAGGGGAAGGAGGCAAACCCUGCAGGCAGUGUUUGUUUGUCUUCCCAAACUGACUCAGCCUGUAGAGACCUAGGCCAUCAAGGAUUCCCCAGAACAUCCCAUGAGUCAUAGGAAUAUGUAAAUCCACUGUGAAAUUCCCUGCCCUGGGGAGGUACUGAACAUUCCUGCCUGAAUCUGACCAUAUAUAAUCUGGGCUCUUUGGGGAUUUGGGACAUCAGCACCACUCAAGGGACCCAGGGGAGGACCAGACCUUCCACAGGACCACUGCUUUCAACAACACUGCAACCAUCACUUCAACAGGACUUCAUCCACCACCCUGACCGACAGGAUGCCAGGUUGUACUCUGUGGUUUUAACCCAGUUUUUCUGUAUCAUUGCAUUUAUUGUAAUCUUUCUAUUAAAUUGUAAUUCUGACUUGAAAUCUC